AUGAACACCACUAACUUUGAAGCGGUGUUCAUCUUUGUUUUUCUUUGUCUGGCCACCACAAUCCAUGUUGUUUUGGCUGCUAAUUAUAUCCCAUCUGAUAAAAUCUUCCUAAAUUGUGGCGGGCCUCCUGAAACCACCGAUUCCGAUGGCCUGAAAUGGACAUCGGAUGUAGGCUCUAAGUUUGCAUCUGGUGCCAACUCCACCACAUCCCCAGCUGCCACUCAAGACCCUGCAGUCCCUGAAGUUCCUUUCAUGACUGCUAGGGUCUUCCGUUCUGAGUAUACCUAUAAAUUUCCAGUUGCCUCGGGUCGCAAAUUUAUCCGUCUAUACUUCUACCCUGCUUCCUAUGCGGGGCUCAAUGCUUCUAAUGCUAUUUUUACUGUCACUGCUCAGUCCUAUACUCUCCUCAAGAACUUCAGUGUUGCUCAAACAACAGAGGCUUUGGAUUAUGUUUUUGUUACCAAGGAGUUUUUGGUCAAUGUCGAAGGUGAGACAUUGGACAUUUCGUUUGCACCCUCUUCCAGCGUUGCGAACGCAUAUGCGUUUGUGAAUGGGAUUGAGAUUGUGUCAAUGCCUGAUAUUUACAGCGCUCCUGAUGGUACCAUGAUUGUGGGUCAAUCGAGUACUUUCUUCAUUGAUAACAGCACUGCCCUUGAGAAUGUUUAUCGGAUAAACGUGGGUGGUAAGGAUAUCUCGCCGCCAGGUGAUACGGGUCUGUUUAGGUCCUGGUACGAUGACACCCAAUAUCUCUUAGGAGCAGCAUUUGGGGUUCCUGAAACUGCUGAUCCAAACAUGACAGUUAAGUACCCUAAGAGCAUGCCUACUUAUGUUGCACCAGAGGAUGUCUAUACCACUGCCAGAUCAAUGGGGCCAAAUGCUAACAUCAACCUCAAUUACAAUUUGACUUGGAUUUUCUCAAUCGAUUCUGGAUUCUCUUACCUGGUUCGGCUACAUUUCUGUGAGGUUGCCCAAAUUUUUACCAAGCAAAAUCAAAGAGUGUUCAAUAUCUUUCUCAACAAUCAAACUGCUGAGUCUGGGGUUGAUGUUGUUGCCUUGGCCGGAGGCAAUGGAAUUCCAGUGUACAGGGAUUAUGUGGUGUUGGUUCCAAAGGGAAGCCCACAGGUGGAUCUAUGGCUUGAACUGCAUCCAGACACUUCUGGUAAGCCAAAUUAUUAUGAUGCAAUCCUAAACGGAGUUGAGAUAUUCAAGAUUAGUGAUGCAACUAGUAACCUCGGAGGGCCUAAUCUUAUUCCUCUUCCGAAGCAGGAUACCAUUGACCCAACUAAGGCUAGACCAUCAUCAGGUCAUGGCAAGGCUAAGAGUGAUCACAAAGCAAUUAUUGCUGGGGGAGUUAGUGGUGGAAUUGUUUUGGCCCUUGUCCUUGGUUUCUUUGCUAUUUGUGUGGCACGCCACCGUAGACAUGGGAAGGACUCAAGUACAAGCGAAGGGCCAUCUGGGUGGCUCCCUCUGUCUUUAUAUGGAAAUUCACAGUCUGCAGUUUCUGCAAAGACAAACACAACAGGAAGUUACACGUCCUCCCUUCCUUCAAACCUUUGUCGCCAUUUCUCGUUUGCUGAGAUCAAAUCUGCCACCAAAAACUUUGAUGAGGCUCUACUCCUUGGGGUGGGAGGUUUUGGCAAGGUUUACAAGGGUGAAAUCGAUGGUGGAGCAACCCAAGUAGCAAUCAAGCGUGGAAACCCACUCUCUGAGCAAGGUGUGCAUGAAUUCCAAACUGAGAUUGAAAUGCUCUCAAAGCUUCGCCAUCGUCAUCUUGUUUCUCUUAUUGGCUACUGUGAAGAAAACUGUGAAAUGAUCCUUGUUUAUGACUACAUGGCUUAUGGAACCCUGCGUGAGCAUCUGUACAAGACCCAAAAGCCCCCUCUACCCUGGAAGCAAAGGCUUGAGAUUUGUAUUGGAGCUGCUCGUGGUUUACACUAUCUUCACACUGGUGCCAAGCACACCAUCAUCCACCGCGAUGUAAAAACAACCAAUAUUCUUUUAGACGAGAAGUGGGUUGCGAAGGUUUCGGAUUUUGGGCUGUCAAAAACAGGUCCUACAUUGGACAACACGCAUGUCAGCACGGUUGUAAAAGGCAGCUUUGGGUAUUUGGAUCCAGAGUACUUUAGGCGGCAACAACUGACAGAAAAAUCUGAUGUCUACUCGUUUGGGGUUGUUCUAUUUGAGAUCUUAUGUGCUCGUCCAGCCUUGAACCCGUCACUUCCAAAGGAGCAAGUGAGCUUAGCAGAGUGGGCUGCACAUUGCCACAAGAAAGGCAGUCUCGAUCAUAUCCUUGACCCUUAUCUCAAGGGGAAGAUAACACCAGAAUGCUUCAAGAAGUUUGCUGAGACAGCAAUGAAAUGUGUGUCAGAUCAAAGCAUUGACAGGCCAUCAAUGGGAGAUGUGCUUUGGAACCUUGAGUUUGCUUUGCAGCUACAGGAGAGUGCUGAGGAGAGUGGCAAAGGUAUUGGUGCAAUGGAACUUGAGGAAGAGCCGUUCAUGGCCUGCAAAGGGAAGAAGGACCCUGAUGCAGUGCCUGCCUUUGAUGGUAAUGUGACAGACUCAAGGAGCAGCGGGAUGAGCAUGAGCAUAGGUGGCCGGAGCCUAGCUAGCGACGACUCUGAUGGAUUGACACCAAGUGCUGUGUUCUCACAGAUCAUGAACCCUAAAGGACGUUAA